GAUCAAUAGAAUUUAUAGAGGAAAAAGCAAAAUAAAAAAUAAGAGAAAAGAAAAGAGAAAAAGAAAAGUCUCUCUUUUUUCUUUUCUUUCCCAGAUUCUCUCUCUCCUCCUGCGGAUCAUAUUUUUUUCCUUUUCUUUCACUUUCCUUUGGUUUUCUCGGCGGCUUCAUUCGAAUCGUUUUUUCCUCUUUUUUUCUCUCUCUAGGGGGGUAAAGCUUCCUCCUUUCUGUAGACAGACGCCAUGUCGGACAAAGGACGUCCCUUACCCAAGUUUGGAGAAUGGGAUGUGAAUGAUCCAGCAUCAGCAGAAGGUUUCACAGUCAUAUUCAACAAAGCUAGGGAUGAGAAGAAGACCGGUGGCAAGCCAGGAUCGCCUGGUAAAUCCACUGACGGUAAUGCUAAAUCCGGAGGAGGAGAUCCUAGUAAACCCCAGCCUAAAAAAUGGCUCUGCUGCAUGCAGUCUCCAGCAGUGGACUCUUGACGGACACCAAGAUUGGAUUUGCUUGCUGCCAAGUAAAAAAAGAAGAAGAAGGUUACAUUGCUUAGACAUGUAAAGCAAUGUUCUUCUUUUUUAUGUUUUAUUGUCUUUCUUGAAAGUAUCCACACAACAAAAAAAAGUUCCUAAGAUGAUUUGGAGCCCCCUUUUUAGUAUUCACGAUUAUGACUUUCCUUCUUCUUCUUUUGGAGUCGUUUGUUAUUCUAAAAAUGCUGUAAAAUCGUGUUGCCACUUUUAUUGGAAAACCAGGAAAAAAAAAAGAAAAGAAAAAAAAUAGUUAUUGUGUCUA